AUGAAAAUAAAAUUUUUUUUGUUUUUUUUUAUUUUUCUUGGUACAAAUUCUUUUGGUAAACAAUAUAACGAUAACUAUGAAGGUCUUAUCAAUAAAUUAGAAUUAUUAGAAGAAUUAGUUGUAAGUGGAUAUGAUCUAUUUAAAAAAAAAAAUGUAGAAAGUGGUUCAAAACAAAAAAUAAUUAAAUUCCUUAGUAGAGCUGAAGAACUGAAAUUUCCAAAACUUAAUAAUUUAAUAAAUCACAUAAAGAGUGUAAUUAAUAAAGAUAAUGGAUUGGAUUAUUUAAUUGAAAGAUAUGAAGAAUUUGACGAAUUAAUGAAUAUCAUAGAUUUUUACUUUGAUUUAUUAAGGGCUAAGCUUCAAGAUAUGUGCAUGCGCGAUGGUUGCAAAAUACCAUUUUACCUUAAAAUAUAUGAUGGUGAAUUGAACGUUCUCAGAAAAGUUGUUUUAAGUUAUCGAAUGCCUUUACAAAAUAUUAAAAAUAAUAUAAAUAAACUGCAAGCCUUUAUUAAAGCUAAUGAAAGUACAGUAAAAAAAUUAAAAGAAUUAAUUCAAACUGCUGAACAAGUUAUAGAAAGUAAGAAGACUGGUCUUGCUGAUACUGGUAAAGUACAAGAAAGAAAAGACACAUACAGAGCACAAUAUGAUAUUUAUUUUUAUAAAAAACAAUUGGAAGAAUCCGAAAAAAUGAUAGAAGUAUUAAAACAUCAUCUUAAAAAAAUAAGGUCAAAUGAAGAUAUAAAACCAUUGCUUGAGCAAAUCAAGGAAAAAACUAAAACGCAACCUGUAGAUGAAGGAAAAAAAAAAGAAAUUGCUGAACUUGAAGCUAAAGUACAAAAUAUUGCUAAAAAUAUAAGACUUAAUAUAGAAAGUUUAAUUUUAGAUCCUCAUGAAUUAGAAUUUUAUUUAAGAGAGAAAAGAAAAAAAUCUACUAAUAUAGCAGAUCCUGAAAAUUCUGAAGAUGAAAACUUGGCAGUUUCAGGAAAUGUAAGUGAUACUUACCCCCACGGUAUUGAAACACCUUUAGCAGAAAAUGAUAUUAAAGAUAUAUUACGUCCAAGAAAUGAUAAGUUACCAUUUGGUAAUUUAUAUGAUCCUCAGUAUGGAAAUAUUAUAGAAGGUAUUACGAUCCUUCAAGAUAAGUACGAACUUAAUGAUUUUUUAAGUAAAAUUAAAGAUAUUGUUACAUCAACAAAAAAGUUUUUAACUUAUUCAAAAAGUAAUUAUGAUCGUCUAUCUAGUUUACAUGUUGAAGAAUCAAACAGAUACAAGCCAUUAAUUGAAGACUUUUUAAAAUCUAAACACGCUAAUGCUCUUCAAGAACAAAAAGUUACAGAAUUGGUAGAAAAAAGAAAUUCUUUUGUUUCAAGUAAAAGUAUAUCUAAAGCAUUUUCUACUUAUUAUGAAAAUUCUGAAUCGCAUAUAGAAAAAUUAGAGGGGCAACGUAAGUAUUUAGAAGACUACUCAUUAAGAAAAGCUUUUACUAAAAAAGAGAUUAACAAAUAUACAGAAUUAAAGAAAAAAAUAGAAACAGAAAUUAAUGAAUUAACAGAACAAUUAAAGGAAGAAGAAAAAGAACUAUCGGCAAAUCCUAGUGAUAUAGAUAAUAUUGUGGAAUAUAUGCAAGCUAAUAAACAAUUAAUAAUCCAAAAAGUAGAAGAAUUAAAAAAAGUAGAAAAACUUUUAAAGGAUGUGCAAUUAAUGGAUAGACUGUAUGUUCCACGUUUAUAUAAAUCAAAACAUAAAGCAGAACCUUACUAUUUAUUUAUUAUAAAGCAUGAAGUUGAUAAAAUGAAAUCUUUUAUACCAAAAAUAAAUAAUUUACUACAAGAAGAAAAAAGUAAAUUAGAAAAAUUAACAAAAACUACAACUGCAGAACAAACAAAUGUACCUGGCAAGGUAACUCCACCAGUUGUUGCAGCAGAUGAAGAAGUUACACAAGUAACUACACCAUCAUGUUCUUCAAGCGCAUGCUCAUCAUCACAAACACACGAAACGCCAUCACCAGAUUUAGAAAAAACAGCACAACCAAGUCUACAAGCACCAGAACAACAAAGUUCAGGAAAUAUAGAAAAUCCUGUAGAAGAAGCAAGAAAAAAAGUAGAUUUUUUUGAAAAAUUGUAUAAUUUCUUAAAUUCCAGUUAUAUAUGCCAUAAAAAAUUGUUGUUAUCUAAUUCAACAAUGAACAAAAAUUUAUUAGAAAAAUAUAAAUUAACCAAUGAAGAAGAAAAAAAAUCAGGUUCAUGUAAUUCAUUAGAUUUAUUACAUAAAAUUCAAAAUAAUAUGAAAGUCAUGUAUUCCUUGUAUGAAAAUACGAACAGUGAUUUACAAUAUUUCUAUUAUAAGUUAUUUAAGAAGGAACUUAUUUAUAAUAUAUAUCAACUAAGAAAUAAUGAUAAAAUCAAAGAACUAUUAACAAAUUCACCAAACGAUCAGCCUGUUGAACCUUCAACCCAAACCCAGCAAAAUCAAAGAGCAGGAGAAAACUUAAGAGGGGAAAGAGAACCAUCUUUACCAUUAAGUGAAGAUAGAUUAAAUCAAACAGUACAAGGAAAUAACGUAAUGGAAGAAUCUGAUGUAACACAUGAAAAUGAUACACAAGAAACAAUCGAUCAAAAUUCUGAAGAAAAUUCACAUUCAGAAGAAGAUAGAAGACAAAAUGAAAAUCUUUUAGAAUCAUAUUUGCUUCAAAGCGAAACAUAUGAAAAUGAAUAUUUAAUAAGUUUUAUAAAAUCUAAAAGAGAAGUAAUUAAUCAAAUGAACCCAGAAAAAGAGCAAGAAUUACUUAACGAAAUUAGUGAAUUAAGAGAAAAGGUGAAGUUACUAUUUUCUAAUCUCAAUAAAUAUAAAUUAAAAUUAGAAAGAUUAAUAAAUAAGAAGAAUGAAACUUUACGUUAUCGAGCUAUUCUUAAAAGAAAGGAAGCUUUAAAAGAACAAUUACAAAAAAGAUUAAAUAGACUCAAUAAACAAGAAGCUUCAGUAUUACAAAAUUUCUCUAUUUUCUUUAAUAAAAAAAGAGAAAAUGAAAAAGAGAAAGUAAAAAAUAUGCUACAAAACAAUGAAAAAUUAAUGAAGCAUUAUAAAUAUGUUAUUAAAUUUUAUAAUGGUGAAUUAUCUCCACUAAAAUCCAUAAGCAAUCUAGCAAUUCAAAAAGAAAAUAAUUACUUAAAUUUAGAGAAAUUUAGAGCAUUAAGUGAAACGGAAGAAAUAAAAAAGAAAAAUGUUGAUUUAGAAAAAAGCAUUAUAGGUUCUCUAUCAAGUGGAUUAUACCAUCUAUUGUCAGAAUUAGAAAAACUUAUAGAUAAUAAUAAUUAUAAUGGUGAAUCUAAUGAUGCAAAUGGUUUAUCAGUUCAAAAAGCAUUAAAUUUCAAUGCUGAUUUAUUUCCAGAAAGUUCAGAAGGAAGCCAAAGUGCAUCUUCAAUUAACGGUUCAUUAAGCCCUGAACCAAGUACAGUAACUAACUCAGAUCCUCAAAGCCCGCCAUCCCAAGAACAACCUGUACAAACUGAAAGUGCCCAAGAAACCAAUGCAAUCACACCAACUGAUGGAAAUACAGAUAGCUCUGAAGGUAGUACUAUCGCUGCUUCUAAUACAGAAAAUAAUUUAAAUCAAGCAACAACGGGUACAUCAGAAGAAACUGAACCUGAAGAAAAUGUCCUUUCUAGAUUUGAUAAUGCAACUUCUAAUGAGUAUUUAAAAAAGGUAGCUGAAACUUAUAAAACUUUAAAAAAAGAAACUGAAAAACAUAUUAAUUCACUAAAUAGCAACAUUAUUGAUAUAUUAGAAUCAAACUUCACGAAAAGAAAUUAUUUCCUAAAUGUUCUGGAUUAUGAUUUAAUUUCAUUUGAACAUGAAUUUUCAAAUGAUUAUAUUAUUGAAGAUCCAUUUAAAGUGAUAGAACCAGAAACAAGAAAUAAACUUUUAGGAAAUUAUAUUUAUAUCUUAGGAUCAAUAAAUAAGGAUAUAUCUUUUAUUAAUGAAAAUUUAUCAUAUUUUACAAAAAUAUCUCAAAAAUAUAGUCAUAAUUUAGAACAAAUUAAAAGUAUAAUUGAAAAAAAAAAAUCACAGGAUGAAAAACUUCUUCCUUUUUUGAUAAGCUUUCAGAAUCUAUAUGAAACAUCAUUGAACAAUAUCGGAAAUUAUAAAAAUGCUUUAGAUUCAAAGGUUGCUAAUUGUGAACAAAAUAAAGAAUUAAUGGAAGUUAAGAUACAAAAAAUCAAGGAUAAUAACAAUGUUCAAGAAACAAUAGAAAAUUUAAAAAAAAAUAAAAGAGAGGGUGAAGAUAAUUAUUUAUAUGAUUCCAAUAAUAGAACUAAAAAAUUAUCACCCAAUGAACAUAGAAAUCGUAAACAGUUAUGGACAAGAUUUAAACAAUUAAGAAUUGUUCAUGAAAAUAAUAUGAAUUCACUCUUUUCAAAUUUCGAUCAACAAGAUCUUGAACAGAUAUAUGAAGAUGUUUCACAACAUAUAUGUAUAAAUACAGUAUGCCCCAUAAAUUCGGGAUGUAUUAGACGUUUAAAUGGAAAGGAGGAAUGUAGAUGUCUUUUGAAUUUCAAGAAAGAAGGAAUGAUGUGUGUUCCUGAUGAAAAUCCUACUUGUGAAAUUAAUAAUGGUGGAUGUGAUACAACGGCAAAUUGUACAAGCAAUGGAGAGCAAAUUACCUGUACUUGUAAAUUAAAUAAGUCUUUUCCUAUCCACCAAGGAAUAUUCUGUAGUUCUUCAAAUUACUUAAGUUUAUCAUUUUUAUUAAUUAUUAUUUUUAUUUUAUAUAACUUAAUUUAA